AUGGACCCCUCCACCACCGCGACUUUGCCUGGCGGCCGCACAGCGACUGGCGGUAUACUCCUCCUUGCCAUUGUGGCAGUCGUUGUGCUAGCAUCGCGACGCUUCCUGCAAUACUAUCCCGAUCCUCGAGAACCUCCAGUUGUACCUGCGCGUAUUCCCUACGUGGGCCACAUCAUCGGGCUAAUCCGAUAUGGCGGGCAGUACUUUCGGAUGCUAGACGAACGUUACAAAUACCCAAUAUACACUCUCCCGAUGCUGAACUCGAGAAUGUACCUCGUUACAUCGCCCGUACUUGCUAGCAACAUCCAGCGCGCUUCCAAGACCCUUUCCUUCAACAAACUGGUCGGCUACUCUUUGCCUGGUAUGAUUGAAUACGACGAGGAAGCAAUGAAAGUGUGCAUGAACGGCACAGAGAAGACGGACGAGAACCCUGGUCUCAUCCCCGCAAUGCACGAUAUGCUCUACUCUGUUCUUGCCCCCGGGAAGCACCUCGACGAAAUAAGCGAGCUGGUGCUGAAAGGUCAUGCGGGAUACCUGAACGGCCUUGCGCGUGGGGAAUCCCAGACCAUGGAUCUGUACAGAUGGACCAGGGAUAUGUUCAGUGUGUGCACGGCGCGGGCUCUGUACGGGCCAGAGAACAUAUUCGCGAUGCAACCUGAGUUAGUAGAGGCAUUCUGGGACCUUGAUGCCGGGAUGACCAAGCUGAUGCCUGGCAUACUGCCGUCUCUCAUCGCGAGGAAAGCUUACUACGCUCGCAAGAAGCUUUACGCGGCGUUUAUUGAGUACAUCAAACAGAGGAGUUAUCUUAAGGCUUCGCAGGUCAUCCGGAACCGUGUGGAGAUAAAUGCAGAGCAUGGGUUGAACACCAAGAUGCUGGGCCAUGGAGAAGUUGUGUUCCUCUGGGGAAGUCUGGUCAACGCUACCCAGUCCUCCUUUUGGCUCAUAAGCAACAUCUUCUCCCGUCCCGAAUUGCUCAAAGAGAUCAGAGCGGAGAUAGAAGCACACGCAAUGAUAACGCAGCAGGAGGGUACUGUCCGCGUGCUGGACAUGAAAGCACUCCGAAACUCCUGUCCGCUCCUUGUUUCCGUUUACCGCGAGACCCUCCGCAUGACAGCCAACGUCAACUCCAGCAGGCUAGUGACCGCCGACACGAUGGUGGCAGACCAGUACCUACUCCGGGCCAACUCUGUUGUCCAGAUCGUCAGCGGUGUCAUCCACAGCGAUCCUGCCGUUUGGGGCCACGACGCUGCUGAGUUCAAUCCGAGGCGCUUCUACAACUCCACCGCCGGCAACUUUACGGCAAAGGACGAGGCCAAACAGGGAUCCAAGCAGGUCAAUCCGGUCGCUUUUCGUGCCUUUAGCGGCGGCUCGGUACUCUGUCCCGGACGCCACUUCGCCCAGGUUGAAAUCCUGGGCUUGGCUGCCGCCAUGGCCAUGUGUUUUGAUGUGACAGCUGUGGACGGUGGGCCGAUGCCUGUACCAGGCAAGGACGGGACAGGAAUGCUUGCGGUCGAUAGGCCCCUUGAGGCUAUACAUGUGAACAUCCGGCGAAGGACGGGCUGGGAAGAUGUCACGAUCGCAUACGAUGCGCAUGGUCCUCCGGCAUAG